ACGUUAUACAAAUUUGCGCGGGUUUGCUGUUGUUAUGGGAGGCUGUCAUCCGGCGGUUUCAUCCAGAAAGUUAUAAAUAAAAAGGUUUCUUGGGAAUCUUCACGUCGCUUGGAAAACCGAAAACAUGUCCAAGCGAGAGGCGUUUAUAGAGUCCGUCUGUAAGGAAAAUGUGGAGGACUUCCUCCGCUUCAUCCAGCUUCAUAAGGACAAAACGGAGCCUUUCGAUGUGGAGGAGGUGGUGCAGGAGAUGCCCAGAGACCAGAGACAGGCUCUGUGGAGAAAACUGGUCUCACUCCUUGAGGAUGUCCUGCAGGAGUUACCUCCAGAGCGUUGGGGGGAGGGCAGGGAGCAGGGCAGGGAGGACAGCAUGGAAGUGGAGUCAGCUGCAGACCCUAAACAUGUCAUGGCUGUCGUGGAUGGUGUGACAGUGGUGGCUGCCGUGUCCUCAAAGGUCCUGCAAGAUGGUGACACCUACACUGCCCUUCUGGAACUUGUCCACAGGCUACACAAUGUUCUGGUGUCGCUGCCUGUCUCAGAGGCACCUCUGCAGCACCAUAUCCACACACUGUGCGAGGCCUGGUGGAAGAAGGGGCUGAAAGAGAAAGAACAGUUUGGUCGCACAGCUUUCUUCAUCUCUCUGCAGAAGAGCUUCAUUUUGAAGAAACCAGGUACUGAGAUCCAAAGAGUCUGGAGUCUCCAUGAUGUGCUUUUGAGUCUGGACUACACAUCAGAAGACAACAAGCAGAUCAUUGACUUGUUGCUUCAGUGCUUUCACCGUCCUGUUUACAUUAGAAACGAUGACGGAAAGCGAUUCCUGGUAUUUCUUUUCAGCUGGAACGUAAACUUCAUCUGGGUUAUUCACGGCACCAUCAAAAACCAGCUGCAGUUUUAUAGCAAGACCAUGACUACUCAUAUUACAGAGGUCUACUUCAGAGCAUGGAAGAAGGCUAGCGAGGACUUCCUGGAGGAAAUUGAGAACUCAUGCAUUCAGGAUUUUAUGCAGAAUGCGAUCUUCCUUCAUAGAGCAUCUCCUGUCCACGCCAAAGUCCGACAGAUUGUGAGCUACUUCCACACAAGGAAGGGCUGUAACAAGGUGGAUAAGAUGCUCUGUAAUCUCUACAAGCCCAUUCUCUGGAAAGCUUUAAGUGCUCCAAACUUUGAGGUGCGCGCCAAUGCCACUUUGCUUUUCACUGAGGCCUUCCCAGUCCAUGACCCGGAGCAGAGCAACAAGAAUAUAGAUGAGGCUAUUCAAAAGCAGCUGGACACAGUGAUGGGCCUCCUUGAUGACCCUCAUCCCACUGUGCGCUCCAACGCUACCCUGGGAGUCUGUAAGAUCCUGGCCAAGUGCUGGGAGCUCCUCCCUCCUACAAUCAUCACAGACUUCCUGAAGAAGCUGGUGAUGGAGCUGGCGGCCGACAGCAGCUCCCCUGAUGUGCGGUGCUCGGUCUUCAAGUGUCUGACUAUUGUCUUGGACAACAGUCUCAGCCAUCCGAUACUGGAAAAACUCCUGCCCACUCUCAAAUACAGCCUUCAUGACAACUCGGAGAAAGUCCGCACAGCUUUCCUCGACACGCUGAUCAAGGUCAAGGCAGUGCGUGCCGCCAAGUUUUGGGACGUGUGCAACAUGGACCACCUGCUGGCUCGUCUGGCUGUCGACUCCCAUUCGGUUUCCAAGCGCAUCGUCGAUCUGCUCUUCAAGUCCUUCUUCCCCGUCAACGAGUCGGAGAGGGAGUGGUGCUGUCGGUGCAUCACCCUCAUUCAGAUGAACCCCAUGGCUGCGAGGAAGUUCUACCAGCACGCCCACAAACACACAGCCCCCACUAACAUAAUAAAGCUGAUGUUGGCCAUUCGCCGUGUGUUGAACAGCUGCAUCCAGACUGAGUGUGACGUGUCCGAGAUGAAUGAAAGCAACAAGGAGAACAGCACACAGGCUGAACCUCUGUUGGGGAAAGACAUGGCUGUCGUGUCCAGUCUGCUGGAGGUCGUAGUCAUCCUGUGGAGAAGUGUCGAAAAGGCCCUGAAACAAAACGAAGAGGCCCAGAAGUACACCUUUGCCAAGUUUGGAAAUGUCGUGGUCAAAUAUUUCCAGGCUUUUGAGGAUGAGCGAUGCACCGUUCCUCUCAUACAGCUGGCCUCAUUUAUGCCCCCAGCUGCAGUUCCAGCCUUCAGCUGUGGCGUCCUCUCCAAACUGAGGAGGAUGGACUCAGCAGCAGUGCCAGCACAGUACAGCCAGCUGUUAGACUGCAUGAGCAGCUGGGGCCAGACUGCAGACAUCCUCGAACUCAUCACUGACUGGCUCUCUGAGGCUCUGCCCAAGCAAGGGGACAAGGCAAACACCAAUCGAAAGGUGCGUAUCCAGGAGACAACGGAGGCCAAACCAGCCCUGGCACUGGCAUACCUGGAGUACCUGUUCAGCCACACUUCAACACGAGAGAAACUCCUGGCUUUUGGUCAGAGACCACUGAAGCAGCUCCAUACAGUUCUAGGAAACUGGAGGUCAGUGCUGUACGCUCACCUCAGCUCCGCCACAGAAGAUCCUGAAAGUCCCAGUGUGGAGACUGCACUGAAAGUCUUUAUGUACCACAGCCGUCUCGGUGCACAUCUGCAACAUUAUUCCUCAGAGGGUCGAGACUACCUGCUCUCUCUGGAACAUGUGGCAGCGUGGGUGGCUGAGAGGGUGUUGCCCUUCCUGGCUAAACGUACCGACGAUAAUGAUGAGGAGGAAGGUUCAGAGAGGUCGCAGCCACUGGCUGCACAGAUAACUGAGAGCUUCCUGACAGUGUGCCGAGACGUUUUACUUGUGGGUUUGGGCGACGACACGUUCAAGGGUCAAAUCCUGCACUUGUGCUCACUCACCCUCCUCUCAGAGGCAGGUUACCUGUGUAUUUCUGCAGUGUUGCAGAUUUUGAAGGAGGUGGCAGACAGCUAUGCACCCGAGGAGAACAACAACCAGGAUCAGGAUAAUGAGGAAGGCCCAACCACUGUCAUUCUGGGUGUUGUGGCCAACAUCUUUCAGAAGAUUAUAGAGCUCUUAGCUCGCCGUCUCAGGAAGGAACCAGAGGAGGGAAAACAGCUAUGUCAGUCAGCUAUUCCCAGCCUGACAGAUUUCCUCCAGGUGGCACAGACCUGGGACACGGUGCCUCUCUGCGGGGUUUUCUCCACUCUUUUCGCUGUCAUCAUUGUGGAGAAGAGACAUUUGCUUCAGAAGAUUACCCAUCCUGAAGAGGUGAUCGCCCCAGAGUCAGUGGAGGACAUGCCUCCUCUGUCCUGCAUUCUGCUGUCUGUCAUCCUCAAACUGCCCUCUCUUACCAGGGCAUUUUUGACAGAGGUCUGCUCAUCUUUUGAGUCUGAGGCCAUCAGCAGUCUGAAUGAACUGGCUGCCAUCCUGCACGUCUUGGCGGUCAUCAGGCGCACGGGGCAGACUAAAGCAGGUUUGAAGAGCGCAGCCACAUCUAUCCAGCAGCAGCUUCACAAACAUGCAGUCACAUCUGCAGACAGCAGAGAUAUACAGGGGGUUAUUUAUGAAUCUUCUGUGAAGACCUUGAAUGAAAUUCUGGCUUUAUAAACUGACCUCUUUGAUUUGUAUUAUCUGCUUCACAUUUAUAUUUCAUGAAGCUAAAGAGAGCGGUAUAAUGUCUGCUUUGCAGUCAGCAUAACAGACUUUCAGUUGCUUGGCAGAUAAAAAUGACAGGAUUAAAUAUUUCAACUUCACUGACCGGGCUUCUUAAAAGAAAAUAUGGUUUGGAUUGAACUCUAAAGCUGAGGACAAGUGCCUGUCUGUUGCCAUGUUUUUCCAGAUUGGCUCCACUUGUCUUUGUUUAUUUAUUUCUUGAUGGCACACAUUACUCAAGUCUUGUCUCUCAGGCUUUGUGCACUGAUGAUGUUAAGAAAUAUCGAUGGAGUCCUCCAGACUGCAGAAAUACAGUUUUUACAUUGAGUGGUAUUCUUCUUUAAAGCUUUCUCUUCAGAGCUCUGCACUCCACUUUUUUAACAAUGUAAUAUGAAAUGCAUAUAUUUUUUCAUGUUUCUCUGUCUGUGUUUAUGUAUCUGUUGGUCUGACAGUGUGUCAACUGUGGCGCCCUGCUAAUAAGAAUAAAACAAGCUGUAUCAAUCACCCAGAAUUUGAUGGUUAUU